AUGGCUCGCUGCUUCUUUCAGGAGGUUGCUCGCCGUUUCAGAAUAAAUUUCUCUCUGCUAACGCUGCCUUCAGGUGAUGACGGGAUAGUCAUUGUCUGGGCAGUCAAAUCCAGUAAAAAGAUACAGGAAAUAUCCUGCUUCUUCUGCGGUGCAAUCACCGCCGUAUGCUGGAUCGAUCCACGCUGCGACAAGGAUCUGUCGUUUGCCCUUGGUUGUGCAAGCGGCGACAUCCAGGUCUAUCUAAGAUCGGACGCGAAUGCAACAUUCCAACUCGCCUCAAUGAGAGCGUGUCACGAAGCACACGUCGAGGACAUCCGCUUUGACUCUAACAGUAGGCGUGUCGCCAGUGUGGGCGGGGGCGCCGUGCAAGUCUGGAAUCUCACCUUAGGCUAUAGUCUGGAAAGUUUAGUCAAGGAUCCUCCUCGUCAAGCGGUCACCGUGCGAUCCGUUCACUUUUGCGACGAAGGGGCCAGUGUUAUCGUUUGCUUUUGUGAGUCGCAUGACAUAUUCUGUUACAACGUCGAGCCUUGGACCUUAAAAUGGGCAAAGCGAGUUCCUACUCGGAUCGGCCACUCGGCUUUGUCUCAUGAUGAACGAACCCUGGUUAUCUCGAACCUCGAGACUGGCGUUGAUGAGUACAGAUUUCCGUCGUUGGAACGGGUUCGAUCCUACACAUAUCCUAUUCUACGCAAUCAUAUCAUGCAGGUAGGCAUGAUAGGGACCCAGAUUAUUGUCGGCGGCGAUGACGGUUUCGCUCGCAUGUAUGAAAGCACCACUGGGUGUCUCAUAGGAACUCUCGACCACUAUAACGGUGUGUUCGACUCGAUGUUUUGGCCAUUCAAUCCUUACACUCUCGAGAUAUCUCAGCAGGGGCCCUUGUGCAGAUUAUUGCUGUAA